AUGAGGAAGGAAAUCUGUGUCAGCUUUCUGCUCUUAGUUGCUGUAAGCAACGUACAAACUACGACCACCACAACAGCCCAAACAACAAUUACUGGUGUACCAACAACAACCACCACAGCUGCACCAACAACGACCACCACAGCUCCACCAACAACAACCAAAACAGCACCACCAACACCCACCACAGCAGCACCAAUACAAACCACUACAGCUGCACCAACAACAACCACAACAGCUGCACCAACAACAACCACCACAGCUGCACCAACAACAACCACCACAGCUGCACCAACAACAACCACCACAGCAGCCCCAACAACCACCACAACAAUAGCACCAACAACAAUCACUACAGCUGCACCAACAACAACCACCACAGCAGCACCAACAACAACCACCACAGCUGCACCUACAACAACCACCACAGCUGCACCUACAACAACCACAACAGCCCCACCAACCACCACGACAACAGCACCAACAACAACCACCACAGCUGCACCUACAACAACCACAACAGCACCACCAACAACCACCACAGCAGCACCAACAUCAACCACCACAGCUGCACCUACAACAACCACCACAGCUGCCCCAACAACAACCACUACAGCUGCACCAACAACAACCACAGCAGCACCAACAACAACCACCACAGCUGCACCUACAACAACCACAACAGCUGCACCAACAACAACCACCACAGCUGCACCUACAACAACCACAACAGCACCACCAACAACCAUCACAGCAGCACCAACAACAACAACCACAACCACAACUGCACCAACAACAACCACCACAGCUGCCCCAACAAUGACCACCACAGCAGCCCCAACAACCACCACAACAACAGCACCAACAACAACCACCACAGCUGCACCAACAACAACCACCACAGCUGCACCUACAACAACCACCACAGCUGCUCCAACAACAACCACUAAAGCUGCACCAAGAACAACAACCACAGCAGCCCCAACAACAACCACCACAGCUCCACCAAUAACAACAACCACAACAGCUGCCCCAACAACGACCACCACAGCAGCCCCAACAACAACCACCACAGCUCCACCGACAACAACAACCACCACAGCUGCCCCAACAACGACCACCACAGCAGCCCCACCAACCACCACGACAACAGCACCAACAACAACCACCACAGCUGCACCUACAACAACCACAACAACACCACCAACAACAACCACUACAGCUGCACCAACAACAACCACUACAGCUGCACCAACAACCACCACAGCUGCACCAACAACAACCACCACAGCAGCCCCACCAACCACCACCACAACAGCACCAACAACAACCACCACAACAACCACAACAGCACCACCAACAACAACCACUACAGCUGCACCAACAACACCCACCACAGCUGCACCAACAACAACCACCACAGCUGCCCCAACAACGACCACCACAGCAGCCCCAACAACCACCACAACAACAGCACCAACAACAACCACCACAGCUGCACCAACAACAACCACCACAGCUGCACCUACAACAACCACCACAGCUGCUCCAACAACAACCACGACAGCUGCACCAACAACAACAACCACAGCAGCCCCAACAACAACCACCACAGCUCCACCGACAACAACAACCACCACAGCUGCCCCAACAAGGACCACCACAGCAGCCCCACCAACCACCACGACAACAGCACCAACAACAACCACCACAGCUGCACCUACAACAACCACAACAACACUACCAACAACAACCACUACAGCUGCACCAACAACAACCACUCCAGCUGCACCAACAACAACCACCACAGCUGCCCCAACAACGACCACCACAGCAGCCCCACCAACCACCACCACAACAGCACCAACAACAACCACCACAACAACCACAACAGCACCACCAACAACAACCACUACAGCUGCACCAACAACCACCACAGCUGCACCAACAACAACCACAACAGCCCCACCAACAACAACCACUACAGCUGCACCAACAACAACCACCACAGCUGCACCUACAACAACCACCACAGCUGCACCAACAACAACCACAACAGCUGCACCUACAACAACCACCACAGCAGCCCCAACAACAACCACCACAGCUCCACCGACAACAACAACCACCACAGCUGCCCCAACAACGACCACCACAGCAGCCCCACCAACCACCACGACAACAGCACCACCAACAACCACCACAGCAGCACCAACAACAACCACUACAGCUGCACCAACAACAACCACAACAGCUGCACCUACAACAACCACAACAGCACCAACAACAACCACCACAGCAGCACCAACAACAACCACUACAGCUGCACCAACAACAACAACCACAGCUGCACCAACAACAACCACUACAGCUGCACCAACAACAACCACUACAGCUGCACCAACAACAACCACCACAACUGCACCAACAACAACCACCACAGCUGCCCCAACAACGACCACCACAGCAGCCCCAACAACAACCACCACAACUGCACCAACAACAACCACCACAGCUGCACCAACAACAACCACCACAGCUGCACCUACAACAACCACCACAGCUGCUCCAACAACAACCACUACAGCUGCACCAACAACAACAACCACAGCAGCCCCAACAACAACCACCACAGCUCCACCGACAACAACAACCACCACAGCUGCCCCAACAACGACCACCACAGCAGCCCCAACAACAACCACCACAGCUCCACCGACAACAACAACCACCACAGCUGCCCCAACAACGACCACCACAGCAGCCCCACCAACCACCACGACAACAGCACCAACAACAACCACCACAGCUGCACCUACAACAACCACAACAGCACCACCAACAACAACCACUACAGCUGCACCAACAACAACCACUCCAGCUGCACCAACAACAACCACAACAGCAGCACCAACAACAACCACCACAGCUGCACCAACAACAACCACCACAGCUGCACCUACAACAACCACCACAGCUGCACCAACAACAACCACAACAGCUGCUCCUACAACAACCACCACCACAGCAGCUCCAACUACAACCACCACAGCUGCACCAACAACAACCACCACAACUUCUCCAACAACAACCACCACAGCUGUUCCAACAACAACCACCACAGCUGCAUCAACAACAACAACCACAACUCCUACAACAACCACCACAGCUGCACCAACAACAACAACCACAGCUGCUCCAACUACAACAACCACAGCUUCUCCAACUACAACAACCACAGCUGCCCCAACAACGACCACCACAGCAGCCCCAACAACAACCACCACAGCUCCACCAACAACAACCACCACAGCUCCACCGACAACAACAACCACCACAGCUCCACCAACAACAACCACCACAGCUGCACCAACAACACCCACCACAGCUCCACCGACAACAACAACCACAACAGCUGCCCCAACAAUGACCACCACAGCAGCCCCACCAACCACCACGACAACAGCACCAACAACAACCACUACAGCUGCACCAACAACAACCACUACAGCUGCACCAACAACAACCACCACAGCUGCACCAACAACAACCACAACAGCUGCACCAACAACAACCACCACAGCUGCACCAACAACAACCACCACAGCUGCACCAACAACAACCACCACAGCUGCCCCAACAACAACCACUACAGCUGCACCAAGAACAACAACCACAGCAGCCCCAGCAACAACCACCACAGCUCCACCGACAACAACAACCACCACAGCGACAACAACAACCACCACAGCUGCCCCAACAACAACCACCACAGCAGCCCCAACAACAACCACUACAGCUGCACCAACAACAACAACCAUGGCAGCCCCAACAACAACCACCACAGCUCCACCUACAACAACAACCACCACAGCUCCACCGACAACAACAACCACCACAGCUGCCCCAACAACAACCACCACAGCUGCACCAACAACAACCACCACAGCUGCACCUACAACAACCACCACAGCUGCACCAACAACAACCACAACAGCUGCACCUACAACAACCACCACAGCUGCACCAACAACAACCACCACAGCUGCACCAACAACAACAACCACAGCAGCCCCAACAACAACCACCCCAGCUCCACCGACAACAACAACCACCACAGCUGCCCCAACAACGACCACCAGAGCAGCCCCAACAACAACCACCACAGCUCCACCGACAACAACAACCACCACAGCUGCCCCAACAACGACCACUACAGCUGCACCAACAACAACCACAACAGCUGCACCAACAACAACCACCACAGCUGCACCAACAACAACCACCACAGCUGCACCUACAACAACCACCACAGCGACCACCACAGCAGCCCAACCAACCACCACGACAACAGCACCAACAACAACCACCACAGCUGCACCUACAACAACCACAACAGCAACACCAACAACAACCACUACAGCUGCACCAACAACAACCACUACAGCUGCACCAACAACAACUACAACAGCUGCACCAACAACAACCACCACAGCUGCACCAACAACAACCACCACAGCUGCACCUACAACAACCACCACAGCUGCACCUACAACAACCACAACAGCUGCACCUACAACAACCACCACAGCUGCACCAACAACAACCACCAAAGCUGCACCAACAACAACCACCACAGCUGCCCCAACAACAACCACCACAGCUGCACCAACAACAACAACCACAGCAGCCCCAACAACCACCACGACAACAGCACCAACAACAACCACCACAGCUGCACCUACAACAACCACAACAGCACCACCAACAACCACCACAGCUGCACCUAGAACAACCACCACAGCGGCACCUACAACCACCACAACGACCACCACAGCAGCCCCACCAACCACAACGACAACAGCACCAACAACAACCACCACAACUGCACCUACAACAACCACAACAGCACCACCAACAACAACCACAACAGCUGCACCUACAACAACCACCACAGCUGCACCAACAACAACCACCACAGCUGCACCUACAACAACCACCACAGCUGCACCAACAACAACCACCACAGCUGCCCCAACAACAACCACCACAGCUGCACCAACAACAACAACCACAGCAGCCCCAACAACAACCACCACAGCUGCCCCGACAACGACCACCACAGCAGCCCCAACAACAACCACCACAGCUCCACCAACAACAACCACCACAGCUGCACCAACAACAACCACCACAGCAGCCCCAACAACAACCACCACAGCUCCACCGACAACAACAACCACCACAGCUGCCCCAACAACGACCACCACAGCAGCCCCAACAACACCCACCACAGCUCCACCGACAACAACGACCACCACAGCAGCCCCACCAACCACCACGACAACAACAACGACCACCACAGCAGCCCCACCAACCACCACGACAACAGCACCAACAACAACCACCACAGCUGCACCAACAACAACCACCACAGCUGCACCUACAACAACCACCACAGCUGCACCAACAACAACCACAACAGCUGCACCAACAACAACCACCACAGCUGCACCAACAACAACCACCACAGCUGCACCAACAACAACCACCACAGCUGCCCCAACAACAACCACUACAGCUGCACCAACAACAACAACCACAGCAGCCCCAACAACAACCACCACAGCUCCACCAACAACAACCACCACAGCUGCCCCAACAACUACCACCACAGCAGCCCCAACAACAACCACCACAGCUCCACCAACGACCACCACAGCUGCACCACCAACCACCACGACAACAGCACCAACAACAACCACCACAGCUGCACCAACAACAACCACCACAGCUGCCCCAACAACGACCACCACAGCUGCACCACCAACCACCACGACAACAGCACCAACAACAACCACCACAGCUGCACCUACAACAACCACAACAUCACCACCAACAACAACCACUACAGCUGCACCAACAACAACCACUACAGCUGCACCAACAACAACCACCACAGCUGCACCAACAACAACCACCACAGCUGCACCAACAACAACCACCACAGCUGCCCCAACAACAACCACUACAGCUGCACCAACAACAACAACCACAGCAGCCCCAACAACAACCACCACAGCUCCACCAACAACAACCACCACAGCAGCCCCAACAACAACCACCACAGCAGCCCCACCAACCUCCACGACAACAGCACCACCAACAACAUCCACAGCAGCACCAACAACAACCACUCCAGCUGCACCAACAACAACCACAACAGCUGCACCAACAACAACCACCACAGCUGCACCUACAACAACCACAACAGCUGCACCAACAACAACAACCACAGCAGCCCCAACAACAACCACCAGAGCUCCACCGACAACAACAACCACCACAGCUGCCCCAACAACGACCACCACAGCAGCCCCACCAACCUCCUCGACAACAGCACCACCAACAACCACAACAGCUGCACCAACAACAACCACCACAGCUGCACCUACAACAACCACAACAGCUGCACCUACAACAACCACAACAGCACCACCAACAACCACCACAGCUGCACCUACAAGGACCACCACAGCUGCCCCAACAACAAGCACUAUAGCUGCACCAACAACAACAACCACAGCAGCCCCAACAACAACCACCACAGCUCCACCGACAACAACAACCACCACAGCUGCCCCAACAACAACCACCACAGCAGCCCCACCAACCACCACGACAACAGCACCAACAACAACAAACACAGCUGCACCUACAACAACCACAGCAGCACCAACAACAACCACUACAGCUGCACCAACAACAACCACCACAGCUGCACCUACAACAACCACCACAGCUGCACCUACAACAACCACAACAGCACCACCAACAACCACCACAGCAGCACCAACAACAGCCACCACAGCUGCACCUACAACAACCACCACAGCUGCCCCAACAACAACCACAACAGCUGCACCAACAACAACAACCACAGCAGCAACAACAACAACCACCACAGCUGCACCGACAUCAACAACCACCACAGCUGCCCCAACAACGACCACCACAGCAGCCCCACCAACCACCACGACAACAGCACCAACAACAAUCCCUACAGUUGCACCAACAUCAACCACCACAGCAGCACCAACAACAACCACCACAGCUGCACCUACAACAACCACCACAGCUGCACCUACAACAACCACCACAGCUGCACCUACAACAACCACAACAGCACCACCAACAACCACCACAGCAGCACCAACAACAGCCACCACAGCUGCACCUACAACAACCACCACAGCUGCCCCAACAACAACCACCACGGCAGCCCCAACAACCACCACAACAACAGCACCAACAACAACCACCACAGCUGCACCAACAACAACCACCACAGCUGCACCUACAACAACCACCACAGCUGCCCCAACAACAACCACAACAGCUGCACCGACAUCAACAACCACCACAGCUGCCCCAACAACGACCAUUACAGCAGCCCCACCAACCACCACGACAACAGCACCAACAACAACCACCACAGCUGCACCAACAACAACCACUACAGCUGCACCUACAACAACCACCACAGCUGCCCCAACAACCACCACCACAGCAGCCCCAACAACCACCACAACAACAGCACCAACAACAAUCACUACAGCUGCACCAACAACAACCACCACAGCCGCACCUACAACAACCACCACAGCUGCCCCAACAACAACCACUACAGCUGCACCAACAACAACAACCACAGUAGCCCCAACAACAACCACCACAGCUCCACCAACGACAACAACCACCACAGCUGCCCCAACAACGACCACCACAGCUGCCCCACCAACCUCCACGACAACAGCACCACCAACAACCACCACAGCAGCACCAACAACAACCACUCCAGCAGCACCAACAACAACCACCACAGCUGCCCCAACAACAACCACCACGGCAGCCCCAACAACCACCACAACAACAGCACCAACAACAACCACCACAGCUGCACCAACAACGACCACCACAGCAGCCCCAUCAACCUCCACGACAACAGCACCACCAACAACCACCACAGCAGCACCAACAACAACCACUCCAGCUGCACCAACAACUACCACAACAGCUGCACCAAGAACAACCACCACAGCUGCACCAACAACAACCACCACAGCUGCACCUACAACAACCACCACAGCUGCCCCAACAACCACCACCACAGCAGCCCCAACAACCACCACGACAACAGCACCAACAACAAUCCCUACGGCUGCACCAACAUCAACCACCACAGCAGCACCAACAACAACCACCACAGCUGCACCUACAACAACCACCACAGCUGCACCUACAACAACCACCACAGCUCACCACAGGUGCACCUACAACAACCUUUACAGCUGCAACAACCACCACCACCACAGCAGCACCAACAACAACUACCACAGUGGCCCCAACAACAACCACCACCACAGCGGCAUCAGCAACAACAACUACAGCUGUACCAACAACAUCCACCACUGCUGCACCAACACCAACCACCACAGUGGCCCCAGCAACCACCACAACAGCGACACCAACAACAACCACCACUGCUGCACCAACAGCAACUACCACAAGGAACAAUCUGAGCAGCACACCGCCUGCUCCGACACGGUUUGGCCGCCGUCCUCUCAACAGUUUGCUGUGCGUGGAGCAGCCAGAGAUUUAGGACGAGACGGCGGCGAUUUGGUGCUCCUCCAGACCAGCUGGUGUCAAAGGUCAGGUCAGGUAUGGGAGCAGAUGCCGGUUCGGUACUUCACCAUGUCGACCCUGGUCCUGUACUGUUCUGGGUUCCUAAAGGACAUCCUUCAGGCCUGCUGCAAGCCUCGCCUCUUCUCUCCAUGUGUCCUCCCAUCCUCCAUGAUGCAACCCCAGUUUCUGGACCGGGUCCUGGGCACCCAGCAUAUGCACAGCAGCAUCAGACAUACAGACUUUUCCAAAGAUAUCGAAAACACGCUGAAGAGAAGUUGUCCCAAAGGAGUCCAGUUGGUGCUGUUAGCCAUCAGUCAAAGUCCAGGCCUCACACGAGUACAGAAAGACCGCAGGACCAAGAAGCAAGAGACUCUGACGUUGCUCCGCAUCCUCAGAUACCAGGAACGCCACGCUGACUUGCUCAGUGAACCCGUCGCCCCAUGUGUGAGCUCAGCCUCACACCUGUCAUAA